CAGUCAAGUGAUGACGACUUCUUUAUAACGCCGUCGCGGGUCAUCCUCGAUGUAUUUCUUUAUAUACCAACAGGAGACGUGAGCCUUGAGGUUUUCUUCAACCAGGAAGUCCAUGGCAGCCUGUAAGAGGAGCAUUAAAUACAGUAAAUACAGCUUUUCAAAACUGACUGAUGCUUCACGAGUUUAACUCACCUGCGACAGCUGUGCAGCAACACCUUGGCCCCUAAAUGUCUCCGAUUUGUGUUUUUAACUAGGCCGCAAGUGGACGCCGAGCUCUCUUAUAGGAUGUCCCCCGGCUACAGAGCGCUAACCUCGGCUAUCUCUCCUCACCUGCCCCGCUGCCCGGAGAGACGGUGAAGCGCCGGUUCUGUCGGUCGUGUUCAACCGUUAAACUGAAGCCCGGAUUUAACGCACUGAAGGCGGCUGGGUGAGACUUCCGUCGGAGAUUUAACGCAGUGGCGGUCUACACCUUCACCGUUGGUUUGUAGUCUGCUAUUAAAACCAAAGAAGAAGAAUUCUAGUCUGCCGGGAAAAGAAAAGAAGAAGAAGAAGAGCGAAGAGAAUCGUUAACGUCAUCACUAGAUGCCGGAAAUAAAAGUGUCACAUGUGUCAACCAACCUCUAAAGUCCUGCUGAAUGUGCACCCAGCGACUUUUAGUGUUUGCGAACAAUGGCUACUACUAAUAACAAUAACAACAACCCGGAGACGAGGCAGCCGCUGGGUUUCCAGAAAGCAAAGCAGAAGACCAAAGAGAAACUGAAGAGAAAUGUGGAAACCCACGAAUCAGCCACAGUGUACGUGCAGGUGGUCGGAGCUGGGAGCAGAGACAAUGCUGCAUCACUGUACGUCUUCUCCGAUUUCAACAGAUAUCUGUUCAACUGUGGGGAAGGAACGCAGAGACUCAUGCAGGAACACAAACUGAGAGUUUCUCGAUUGGAUAACAUCUUCCUGACCAGAAUGAGCUGGGAGAACGUGGGGGGGUUAUCAGGGAUGAUACUCACCUUGAAGGACACCGGUGUUCCAAAGUGUGCUCUCUGUGGACCCCCACAGCUGGAGAACUAUCUGAACGCCAUCAAGUCGUUUUCCGGACCCCUGGAAAACAUCAAGCUGUCUGUGCGGCCGCACUCUGACGAGGCGUUCACGGACGAAACGAUGACGGUUUAUCAAGUGCCGAUAUUUGCCCAGUCGUUGGCCGACCACAGGAAGCUCUCCCCCGAGUCGGGCGGGAGCAGCCCGUCUCGCAGUCCUGCCUCUCCCGGGAGAGAUGACAGCUACGCUAACAGCCGCGGACACAAUCCAGGACGACAUGCUACGAGAGAUAACUCUUUGGUGGUUUCCUACAUAUGCAAGCUUCAUCCCAAGAAGGGAAAUUUCUUAGUCAUGCAGGCCAAGGAGCUCGGUCUGCCUGUAGGAACUUCAGAAAUCGGUCCGCUCGUCGUGGCUCUGAAGAACGGGAAAAGUGUGACGUACAAAGGCAAAGAGAUCCGGCCCGAGCAGGUUUGCACUCCGACUGACCCGGGACCAGCCUUUAUUAUCGCCGAGUGUCCGUCUCAGGAGUUCGUCGAGGGUGUUUGCACCAACGAGCGGCUGAGAAGAUAUCAGACGGGAGGGACGGAGGACUCGGCCGCGCUGGUCGUCCACAUUACGCCAGAGUCCGUUCUGACAACGGAUCAAUACCAAAAGUGGAUGGAGAGUUUUCCUUCCACGACUGAACAUCUGAUCCUGAACGAACAGGCUCGUACCGUCCACAACAUCAGGAGUUACAAGAUUCAGGCGCAGCUGAACAUGAUCCACCCCGAGAUCUUUCCAGAACUCAAGUCCUGCAAAACAAAGGAGGCUCCGGCUGCCCUGCACGUCCCGGCCGUCAGAGCCGAGUGUCUGCUCAAGUUCCAGCUCAAACCCGUAAUGGAGUGGCAAAGAGACGCCAUCCCCUCCUGCAACACGGAGGAGUUUGUGAAAGAAGCUUCUGAGGUCCCAAACUUUCUGCAAGAAGUGGACAAGUGCAGGGAGAUGUGCUCCGCUGAUGCUGCCGGGCGUUCUGGCCAGAGGGAGAAAUACCCGGAGGUGGUUUUCUUGGGAACAGGAUCAGCUCUCCCGAUGAAGAUCAGAAACGUCAGUGGCACUUUAGUGAACAUCAGCUCCAGUCAGUCGGUGCUGCUGGACUGCGGAGAGGGAACCUUCGGGCAGCUCUGCAGACACUACGGAGACGCUGUGGACGACGUGCUGUCCAACAUCUCCACGGUCUUCAUCUCGCACCUGCAUGCGGACCACCACACGGGGCUGCUGAUGCUGCUGUACCAGAGGGAACGAGCUCUGACAGCGUUAGGGAAGACGUUCAGCCCCGUCUACCUGGUGGCGCCCGUACAGAUCAUGCACUGGCUCAACUUGUAUCACAACUCCUGCGAGGAGAUCUGCAAACACAUCAACCACAUCCCUAACUCGUGUCUGUGUGCCGGAGCCGAGGUGCCCAAGCAGAGCACGCAGUCGUUCAUCCGAGCGCUGCUGCAGAACAACGAUCUGGAGAAGUUCCAGACGUGCUCCGUGCAUCACUGCAGGAACGCCUUCGCCUGCAGCUUCACUCACCAGGCAGGCUGGAAACUGGCCUUCUCUGGCGACACCAUGCCCUGCAACGCCUUCGUGCACACCGGGAAGAAUGCAACGUUACUGAUCCACGAGGCCACGCUGGAGGACGGGCUGGAGGAGGAUGCUUUAGAGAAAAGACACAGCACGACCUCCCAGGCCAUCGGCAUCGGCAUGAAGAUGAAGGCCGACUUCAUCAUGCUGAACCACUUCAGCCAGCGCUACGCCAAGAUCCCGCUCUUCAGCGAGGACUUCAACGACAGGGUGGGGAUAUCGUUUGACCACAUGAGGAUUCGCUUUGGGGACUUUAAAAUCCUCCCCCGGCUCAUUCCCGCUCUGAAAACCCUGUUCGCCGAGGACAUCGGUGAGAUGGAGGGGAGGCGAGAGAAGAGGGAGCUUAGGAACGAGAUCGAAAGCAGCUUGGAGAUGAACAGCGAGCGCAAGACGGCCGGCGGGAGCCGAGGUACCAAAAGAGACCAGAAGGAGGCGUCGACGCCCGGCGUGGAGCGGAAGAGGCAGAAAACACGCUGAAGCCUUUCAAACAGACUUUACUGAGUUAUUUUAUUUCAUUCAUUCUUCUGGCUGCUGUGGUUUAACUGAAGAGACAUCAUGUAUAUUUCUUAUGUUGCAGUGUACAAAGCUAAGCUAUAAAUAUCAUUUUGUUUUUCAUUUAAAAAAAAAAUUAAAAGUAACACCACACAGUCUGUAGUUUCACAGGAUUAUUCCCACUUUACACAUGUUUAAUACAAGCUCAUCUGCUGUUGGAUGUUCAUGAAGUUUGGUUCAGGCUUGAGGUUAAAACAAACAAAUCAUUUAAGAAAACAAUAUUUAAAUUUGCCUCCAUUAUACUUUGUGCUAAUUAGCAAAUGCUAACAGGUGAAGCUAAUCUGGUGAACAUUUGCUGCCUUCAAAAUCUCACUUUAUUUUGACUUUUGGUACAAACGUCAGCUGCUCUUACAGAAGUACUGCUGUUACAUGGAGUAACUGUAAUCGGGACAUAAUACUCUGUCAUAACUUUGCACCUUGGACCGCAGAAGGUGAGCAAAACAGAAAAGCUAGCUUACAUACUGCGAGAUUUGACCGUAUGCGUUUGGAUAUCCUGGAAUUUUUGGCAAUUCUACUGCGUUUGACACACUUUGCAUUUGGACAUACUAAAUGUUUUUCUGGCAUACUCGAUAGUAUGGUAGUGUGGAUAUUGUAACGCACUCAUUGUACCUGCUAAACAUUGACAUAUUAGCAUGCUAAUGUUAGCAUCUAGCUCAAUAAAUGCUGACUCAGCAGGUUUGGUUUAUCAGUAA